AUGGACGACACAAAACUCGCGGCAACUUCCGCGGCCCUCCUCCUCUCUCUCAUCUUGUAUUUCUUCUGGACACCAAGACGAGCGAGCGCCGCCGAGUCCGCCGAGGACCAUGCCGAAAGCCCACCCCAUGAGCCUAGCAUUACAGACGUCCUUGUCGUAAAAUCCAUGUUGAACAAAGCCCUGAAUCUGCCCCCGGAGAUUGUCAACGCCACCAUCGACUUGGCCGAGUACUGGCCGCACUCCACUACCGAGGUGUCGUUCGGCGAGUCGAGGGUGACGGCCCGUGGCGGCAGGAUCGGCGGCAGGGAGGCGGACGAAAACUACUUCCUGCUACGCUCUGCUCCUAUCGGCCUACAAAAACUAGGACGUCGCAGGGAGGGCAGCUUGCCUAUCCACCGAACGCCGCCGAAGCCGCAGCCACCAGGCGAAGAGUUCUCGGUUGAUGAUUUCCAGGCGCCCGAGGCGUCUCCCCUGUCCAUGCUCGCCCAUCCUUGCCGGCGGAUUGUCUUCACCAUACGUAGCCACGACCAGGGUUGGGGUGGCGACUAUCACAACCGGCGCACCUACGAAAACUCAUGGACAUGGUUCGAGGCCGGUCUUGAACGGUGGUGUAGAACCAGUCCGGCGAGCACCGGCGCGGCAGAGCAGCAACAGGCAUCCCAGGACCAGAGCGGGCCCUCGCUACAGCUGGAGGACUUAUGCACCGUGUUGCCAGAGGUCGAGCGGAAAGAGGAGGCGGACGACUACGUCUUCAAGCACCCCCUGCUCCCGCGCGAGGAUCUCAGAAUCCAGAGCAAUCGGGUUGCGGAUGGAGACACACAGACGCACCGCGUUGUUUGGAGCUAUACCGACGAUAUCGAUCCCGUGCGCGAUCUCGAAGCCGCUACUCGCCUCAAAGAACAAGGCCGUGGUGCUGCUACAGCCAACGGCAGGUUUGUGCGCGACCUCAAGCUGGGUGACGUUGUGACUGUCUGGGCCAAGGCGAGGUUCCGCGGCUGGGCUAACCAUGUCGAGUCGGUGAAGCUCGAUGUGUACUAUGCUAUCUGA